AGAAAAUGAGAAGGGAAGAAGAGCAAGAAGAAGCCUUAGCGCCCCUAUUGAGUACUACUCCUACUAAAGAGAAUAGUAUUAAGAAGAAAAGAGACUUUGGGCAAGAAACAGAUGCUAGCUGGGAGGUCUUAGAUGAAGGCAUCACUGUGAGUCAUGUCCCUGGCUUUAGGAGCGAUAUCAAUUUCACAUGUAUAGAAUGGCUGAAAGGAAUUGGGAUAGGCUUUUAGAUUCAAUUUUGAUUAUUGUAACAAAGGAGCCCCACUGAGACCCUUUUGAAACAAAUCCUACAGCUCAAGUAUAAAAGCUGCUUAUAAGAAAUCCUUUACUGGUAUAAACCAAGUUAGACUUAACAGUGCCAGACCAAUCAGAAAACAGCCUGAGAAAUACUCUCAAGAAUGGGCCUGGAAGAGGAUCCAAAUGGCUAAAGAUUAUUCUGUCCAAUCUGCCACUAAAAUGACGAAGGAAGAUCGUUGCGAAUACAGUAUUAAUAAUCUCUCAAUUUGUCCAAAUCGUAGAAAACAGCAUUUUUCAAACCUUAACAAAAAGACGGUGACUCCCUCUUUCAAUUCUUCCAUGAGGAAAAGAUUCCAGUCCUCCAAAGUUAGGGAGAUGACUAAAAUUGGAGAGGAGCCUGCCAAUUCUAGAAGAAAGUCUAAAAGGAACAAAUUCAGGAAGCAUUCAUACUGCAGGAAAAACAAGUCUAAAAGAGGGACUGCAAUCAUUGGGAAUCAUAUGUUGACUAAACCCUGAAUCCCAAAAGAGUCGUUCCAGAAGUCUUUCGAUCUAGGGGUGUUGUCUCGAGCCAAACUUGAUGGUGACUACAUGAAUGCUGAUGAAUUCAUGCAAGAGGACACUCCUUCAUUCAAAAUAAUAAAAAUCUAGUUGUAAUGAUACCAUAUUAAUUUCAAUAA